UUAUAUAGUUAUGCUGUGUCUUCUGAAUAUCUGUUCUUGAAGUUCUUUGUUUUUUCUUUUUUUCUUCAGGAUGAACUCCUGUUGGCUGCAUAGCUGUUGUUGCCACUGCAGGUGGAGGUGCUGCAAGAUUUGCUGGUGACGUUGUGGCACCCUCUUUUGGUGCUGCUGAUGGUGGGUGGUAUUGUGCCAGCUGGGCCUGCGGCAGUACUUGCAGUUGCUGUUGUAAAUGCUGUUGCGCUGCAUGGGCUUGCUCGUGUUGUUGCUGUGCCAGCAUUUGCACUUGUCGCUGGCGUUGUGCAGCGUGCUCUUUCUGGACUUGCUGUUGCCACGUCUGUUGCAGUUGCCUCUGCUGGUGCGCUUGGUGAAUUUGAAGCGCUUGAGCCUGGUCGUGCUCCUCUGCUUUCGGCCGCUGUUGCUGUUGCUCUUGCUCUAGCUGCUGCUGCUGAUGUUGUUGUCGUAGCUGCUGUUCAUGUGCAUUCAGCCGCUGCUGCUGUUGCUCUUGCUGCUGCUGCUGCUGCAGUUGUUGUUGUUGACGCUGCUGCUCUUGGGUGUGCUGCUGUUGGAAUGUCCGCUCCUGCCUCUGGCAGUCCUGUUGCAGUUGCUGUUUUUCACGUUGUGUUCGGUGUUGUUGCAGGCUCCUCUGUUGUUGUUCUUGCUGCUGUUGUGGUUGUUGUUGCUUUGCUUAAGACAGUGACUGUCCUUGCUGUUGUGGCAGCUGCUGCUGCAUCACGAUCUCAGGUGGCCAAUCUAUGGUCACUGCGGGUCCUUGGACCGGUGGUAGAGAUAGUCGGCACUCUUGCCCCGGGCGGUGUGCAGGUGGCCGCUCCUUGGUCACAGUGGGUCCCCUGCCCUGCUAUGAUUGUUGAGCAGCAUGGGCGUCGUCGGGCCCCUCUGCUUGUGGGGCGGCCAUCGCAGGCUGGUAGCGCGUCAAGAGGGGAGGGAUUCGUUGCUUUUGGUGGACUUGUGUAUCCACCUCUGUCACAGUUAUACUUCCUUCAGGUGGGUGCUGCAGACUCGCGUGAGGUGCAGAUUCCGUUGGUUGGGGUGGGGGUGGGUGGUCCGGGACAAGGCUCUGGGUGUGUUGCGCAGUUGCAGCCUCUUUUGAGACUGACUUCUUGCAUUUGGCAACAGUGUUGAGCUCCCCACCUCCCCCCUUUCUCUCUCCUCCAUGUGAUUUCUGUGUAGCAGUUGUGUCACUGUUUGUGACAGUGUUCGCUCGUCCCUCUGCAGGAAGUCUGGGACGAAACGAGCCACAAAUCAAUCCUCAUGAUCCAGAUUUUAAUGAAAUCCCCUGUAGAUUCAUGUGCUGAUCAAGUCCUUGGGUGCUUAGAGCGACUGUACACCUGUCUCUUAUACACAUCUAGAUGUGUAUAAGAGACAGCUGCACAGGUGGACCCAAGGCCUUUUUCCUUGUUUUUUUUGGGGGGGGCGUGAGGCAUUUUUCGGGUGGUCCUGGGUCUAUGGGUCGGGUGACCCAGAGAAAAUAUGCACCCGCCUGUCACCCACCCGUCGGGGGACCCAGAGCAAUAAUUGACCCGCCAUGACCCAGACUCGUCCACUACGUGCACACACCCGUCGCCCACCCAAGAAGGCAUAGGUAGACGACCCAAGCCCGACCCCUAUCACUUGUGGGCAGGUUGGGGCAGGUGGGUGCGGCUGUGUGUGGACACCCGGUUGCCACCUGUGGCGUGUGUGUCUCAGUUCCGUGGACCAAGAUGGGGUGAUCGACAGUUGGCUUGUGGUCGGAAGCCGCCUUCAAUUAUAAGUGCCAUUGCUGUUAAGCUGGUCUUGUAAUGUGCGAAUGAAGUAAUCUGCAUCCGAGUCGUCGCUUGGCAGUUGCUGUUCGCUGCAGAAACUUCGAGGACUUGUCCAAGUAGAGGUGUCGUGUGAGCUGAAAUGCUCGGCGUGCAUCUUGGAGCAUUCCUGGAAGGAAAAAGCUAAAAUAAGAAACAAAAAGCAGGAAAAAAA